AUGCAACAACCUCCUGAAUAUCAACCAAGUAUUAUCGAAGAUUCUCUAACAAAAAUUGAUCUUGUUAAUGACAGCUUACUUGAAAGCUAGAUAAACAACUUUUAAAGACUUCCAGAACUAGACCCUCAUGUUUUCUGCAAAGAUAUUCAACAAUAUUUCAACGAUGUUUCUUACUUGAUAGAUCUUAAAUAAUUGUAUAAUCCUAUUUCUACUUGCUUUUAUAGCACUUAAAUGAGAUAUAUGCCAGCUCUAUUUUCGGUAAACGAAAGUUUAGUAAAAAAUUAUGAUAAAAAAUGUCAAUAUUAAUUGCAAAUAUGGGACACCUUGAACUUUGAGAUGAUAUAUUUGAAAGAACUUUAUUUUUAAAACUUGAAUACUGAUGGAAAAAACUUGAUUUUCACUAUCGGUUAAAACUUGCUCAUUUAUAAAUUGCCUAACAAUUAAGAAGAAAAUACUUUGAUUGAAAUUGAUGAUCUUAGCCAAUAAGUUAUUCCCUGCGAAAUUGAAAUUAAACAAAUAUUUACAAAACUAAGACAAAAGAAUUAGGAAAGCUCCAUUGAAGAUAUUGAAGUUAUUGUUGUUUUUCAGACAAAAGAUGCUAUUUUAGAUUUCAAUUCGUUAAAGUUAAACGAUAACCCCGAUGAAAGCUAAAUAUUUCAGAACUUUAUUUAAUUAGUUGAUUUAGCACCAUAGUUUGUCAGGUAAAGGGGACCCAACACUAAAAUUAUUAAAAUGAGUAUAUCAGUAGUAAAUGAUAUAGUGUUUGCUAUUUCCCUUUUAGAUGAUUAAACAUUGGACUUUUACUCAGACAUGGUGCUUAGAAAAAGAAUUAUUUUUGAAGAAUAUUAAACUUUGGGUAAAAUUACGAAAUUUGUAGAUGUUGGAAUGAGUACUAAAGCAUUUUUCAUGGGCAGUAAAGAUGGGGAAUAUUAUGAGCUCAAACAUCACGGCUAAGUUCAUAUCUCCUUUCACAGUAGGAAAUUAAUUGAGGAUAGAUCUUUUAAGAUGAGAGAUAUCACGGAAAAGAUCCUUCAUGACUAUGUUUUUAUUUAUAAAGGCUUUUAUCUAGUGGAUUUUAAGGAAAACUCAUAUUGUCUUAUUGCCCACACUGAUACAAUUUCAGUGUACAAUAUUCUAUAAGGAAUUUUCACACAACAUAUAAAAUUCAAUGAAGAGAUAAUAAAGAUAUUUGAGCAAAGUAGAGAAAAUAACCCAGUUGAUUAAAAUCAAAAUAAAACCAAAACUAUAUGCAUAAUACUUAAAAACCUUGAUGUUCAUAUUGAUAUUUUGAGAUACUUUGAUUAUGAUAUUUAAGCAUCUUUCAGCAUUGGAUAGUAUUUUGCUAAUGAUCAUUAAAGGGUACAGUAUUUACAAGUAGGAGAUUAUGAUUCAAGAGAAGGUUACUAUUAUUUUGCCUAUUCUAACGAAAAAAUUAUUUGCAUUCAUGAGGGAGAGUUAUAUGAUGACAUUGAAACAAGCGAAAAGAAUAUUCUCAAAAUUAAUUAUCUAAAUCUGGUUGUAGAACAUUCUGAUAAUGUCAAAAUAUUAAUAACUAAUGAGACAAAGAUAGUUUUAUAUGAACUUAAGAAUGCAGGUUAAUAAUAAGAUAAAUAAUUAAGUGGCUAGUCCUCUAAAAGAAAAAUAAACCUAGAAAAGAAAAAAGACCUCUAUAACACCCUAGAUGGGCAACUGAUUUUUGACUAUGCUCUUACAUUAGAAUUGAGUCAUCAUUUGAUAAUGGUUAGCAAACAAUUCAUUGUACUCUUGGAUAAUUAAGGAAAUAUCAUGAAAGAACCGUCUGAAUAGAUCGUGAAGGGAGAUUUCAUCGGAAAAGAUUUUAGUUAUCUUUUAAGGCAAGAAAGCUUGACUUCCACAGAGCAUGGGCUCUAUAUGUUUAAUCUUCCUUUAAUGGUUGAUAUGCGCAUAGUUUCGUUUAUUCAACUUAGGCAAAUCGAUAUCGGACAUAACCCUUAGUUAAAACUCUUUAAGGACAUAGAGAGAGUCGGAUUCAUGAAAUCUUUAAGUACUUAUGUAGUUCACCCAUUUCUCCAUCUCAACGAUAUUAAAUUUAUGGGAGUAGAAAGUUAUGGAAAAUGUUUAUUAUCAUAGCAAGUAGGUCAGAAUUUUAUGAGGCUUACUGAGUCAAACCUCCUAGUUUCUUGGAAUGUAAUGACUGGGAAACUAAAUUAUAAGAAACGAGUCAAUAUAUUUGAUUAGGAGAAGGAUAGAAUUUUCAAGAGGAAUAGUUCUGAUUUUCUCUUACUAUAUAAUAUCGAAUCUUAAUCUGCAACAAAAUAAAGUGAUUUCUUCCUAAAUGAUCAUUCUAAAAAUUUAAUCAAAGGCUAAAUUACUUCUAUGAAACAGAAUAAUAUGAUUACAAGAUUUUGGAAAAUUAUUAAAAUUGUUGAUUAUGAUGAAAUUCUAAUUAAACAUUUCUAUUUCCCCUAUUUGGAAAAUCAAAGAAUACUUAUUAAUAAUGAAAUGACUCUAAUGAUUGUUAUUUUCGAUUCUAUCAGAGUCUAUCUUUAUCAAAGAGAAGAUGUAGAUAAUCUCUUGACUAAAUGGAAUAUAAUCAAAAAGUUUUAUGACUUUCCUUUUUACUUUGAAUAAUAGGGCAUUGAAUAAUUUAGUAUUCAUUACAUUAGUCCAGAUUUUAAACAUUAUCUUAAAUUCAAAAAUGGUUCUGAGCAAUUUUUAGUUAAAGAAGUUUUUUCAGGGAAUCAUGUAUGCUUGAUUGAAAAAGGAACUAUAUCACUUAAAGAUAAAGCAAAACUAAGAUAAGCAAUUAAUAGAUUUCAAUGGGUUGAUUCUGAUAAGUUCCAAGUUGUAAAUGAAGAUGGAAUUCAAAAAACAUUUAGAUUGGAAAAAAUCGGAAAGCAUAGUAAAUUUGUAGAAAUAAACUAUGUCAUAAUCCCCAUUCGAGAUAAGACAAAGAUUAAUAACUAUUUGAUAAAUGCUGAAGAUCCGUUUAAAUCUAUUAACUAUGGUAUUGAAGGAGACCUUCUUACAAGAUUAAGAGAAUGCUACUAAUGGUAUAAGUAGCAUUAUUAUUUAAAUACAUUUUCUGGGAAUGAAAAGUUUAACCUAUUAUUUCGAGUUCAUUCUAGCUUAGAGAGCGCAUUUGGAAUUUAAUCAUUUACAUUUUUGUAUUGGACAAUCGUUGAAAAACUAAUCUUGGGAUUUUUCCCAGUUAAAGAGAUUCCUAUUUUUGUACUUGAAAUAGCUGUGUUUAAUUUUCUGCCUGAUGGAAAUAUAUUGCAUUAUUUAUAGAGAUAACCAGAAAAAUAGAUUGAGAUUUUUUAGAGAUGCCACAGUGAAAGUGAGAUACUCUAUCAUUUACCUUUUAUGCCUAAUAUGAAAGGUGAAGAUCCAUUUACGAGAGUCUUAUCAUUCAAUUAAUAAUGUGAUAAGAAACAAUUAUUCUCAGUACUUCAAUAUCUAAAAUUUUAUGAGAUUGAUCAUCAUUCUAGGUGCAUUAAGCAUCUUUAUCCAUUAAUUAUUCAAACAUAAACCUAAAUUGCACUUGAUUAUUUCGAGUCAAGAUUUUAGCAAACUCCUUAACUCAAAGUCAUUACAAAGGGUGUUAUUCAUCAAGAAUAAUUAGUUUCUUCGCCAUUAUUAGACUAUUCUAUGAUUAAUCACAUUAAAGGCAUUCAGCAUAAAGAUGAGAGAAAAACAACUAUCAAUUUGUAGCUUUUGGAUCUACCUGGAAUCUAUCAUUUUAUGGACAAAUCCUUCGACGAGUUUUUCAAAAAACUUCAAGAAGUAGAUGGAUAUGACUUCUUUACAAAUAAAGCAAUAAUGGCGAUAAUUGAUUUUAAUUUCCCAUUAGUAAAACUUGCUCUAAUAAAGUAUUCUGUUAUACCUUUUGCUGCAUUUCACAUUUUAUUCGUAAUCUACAUGAAUUAGGUUUAUGAAUAAAGAAAUGAAAGUGGAGAUUAUUAUUACGUUAAUAUUGUUCUAGCCUCUAUUUAGCUUGGAUUUUCGUUUUACUUCAUUUGCUAUGAAAUUCGAUAAAGCCUAUACAUUGGUUUUAGUUAUGUAAAAUCAUUUUGGAACUAUAUUGAUAUUUUAGCUCCAAUUAGCGUUAUCAUUCUAUAAUGCUUUCAAUUUUUAGAGUUCUAAGAUUAUUAUUUAGAGAAUGAUACAAACAGAUGCAUUUUAUCAAUUUCAACAUUGCUUAUGUGGAUGAAAUUCCUUUCUAUAUUCAGGAUAUUUUAGUCAACAAAUUAUCUAAUAAGAAUGGUUUAUGAGGUUAUAUAUGAUAUGGGAGUAUUCUUAUUUGUUUACACACUUGUAGUGGCAGCAUUCGGAGAUGCCUUCUUAAAGAUAUCAUCUGGCAAUGAAGAGGAUGAUAAGUUUAUCUCCUCGUUUAUUCCUGCAGUUCUCUAUGCCUAUUCUAUGACUCUUGGUGGGUACGACUUAGAGAAUUUGGGUAAUGUCGCUGUUGAUCUAGUCUGGAUUCUAUGGAUUUUAUGUACAAUUAUUGGUAUGAUUGUGAUGCUGAAUUUACUAAUUGCUAUUGUCUCUGGUACUCAUGACAAAGUUAUACAAAAUUAAAGAGGAGCAUAAUAUAAGGAAAUGGCGCAUAUUAUUUCUGAAAAUUCCUAUCUAGUAUCUGAAAAUAAAAGAAAAGCUUAUGUAUAAUAGGAUAAAUUCAUGAUUGUUAUUACUGAUCUAGAAAAAUAGGAUGAAGAUGUUGAUUAAUUUGAAUAAAAAUUGGAUUUUAUUAAGGCACAGAUAUACAAAUCCUCAAAUAAAUUUGAUGAAAGGAUGGAUAAUAUAGAAAAAAGAGAAUUAGCUAGAUAAAAAAUAUAAGAUGAUACCUUUAAUCAUUUACUAAAGCGUAUGGGAGAGUUAAAGUAUUAAUUCCUAAAAUCACAAUCAAAAGAGUAAAAGAUUACAGUGAAAAUCUAUCCUGAACCUCUUAUUAAGUUGAUGCUUCUUGAAGUGUAGGAGCAAUUUAAAUUCAAGAUGUAUGAUACAUGGUUUUGUAGAGCCAAAAAAUUUACAGGGUGUAAAAGUGGCUAAACUCGCUAAUCUGGCUAUAGAAGAAUUUUAAGCGAAACAGUUUAUCACUGUUCGGAAUGUAACUUUGACUUUUGUGAGCAAUGCUUUAAAGAGUACAAAAAUUCUCACUCACAUCACUUGCAAUAAGUAACUUAUUAGGAUCUUUCAAUGAAGUAUAAAGGUGGAUGGGCUUGCGAUGCUAGAGAUUUUAGACCUUGUUAACGUGAUAAUUCAUAUGAUAAUACUGAUCCCUACUAAGCAUUCUACCAUAGAAAAACUUAGUCAAGUUCAGAUGAGCAAUUUGAUUUGUGCGUUGAUUGCGCAAAUUAUUAUAUCGAUCAAAAAAAUUGA